CCACGAGAAGCCCACAUCAACAAACGUUGCAAAUCACAGCUUGACGGCAAUGACUUGAUUGAUAGAAGAGCAAUCGCAGCACUUGGCAAAAUCACAGCAAUCAAUCGUAAUUCUUGAUAAUCCAGGUCCAGAGAAAGCCCUCAACCAGCCCCUCCAUCCCCAUCAUCAACAACAAACAGAAAAAAAUUGUCUCCAAUCAUUCAGCAUUUAACACCCACAGAGGAAAAGGUGCAAAACUUCCUAUCAAGGAUUUCAAUCUCCGGAGCGCGACUCUCAAACAAGGGUCAGGCAACCAGACGCCGUGGGAUACUAGCGACGGUCGUGGCAGCUCCGUGAAUACUUUUUGAUCUAAAGAAGAAAAAGAAGAAACCGUCAAAUUCGCACCGCAAAAUCUAAAGAUAUACCCCAAAACUUUUAAGUGGGGUCCGGGUCUGUGCCUUUUUUCUCGGCGCGACACGGCGCCCGCUUUCUCGCCCCACACACAUGUCUGUAUCUUAUCUGAAUCUUAUCGCAUCCUGCCAUCUUCCACCGCCUUCUCCAGUCGCCGCAGUUGAACCAUCAGCCCAUCAUCACCACCCUUCUCGUCCUCCCACAUCCCCCCAUUCCCCUAUAACCCCCGCCCACAAUGCCCUCAGAAGACUACCGCGCCGCAGUCCCCGGCACCCUCAAACUCAAAGGCGUCUCCAACAACCCUGCCGCCAUAAAAAAGAAGAAGAAAAAAUCCAAAUCCAAACCCUCCGACCUAGAAAAGAACCUCUCUACCGGUCCCCCAGCAGACAAACCAACACCCGAACCCACCCCCGACUCAGAAAAACAACUCCAACGCCGCUCACCAUCCCAAGAACCACCACCAGAAAACGGGGAGAACGACGAUAAUGACCCCCCAAAGACAGAAGCAGAGCGCAGGUUCCUAGAGGCAAAGCGCAAGAGGUUACAAGAACUCACCUCCUCGGGCAAACUCCGCCCCGAGCUCCUCAAAACCCACAAGCAGCGCGUCGAGGAGCUGAAUUCCCACCUCUCCAGGCUGAGCGAGCACCACGAUAUGCCAAAGAUUGGGCCCGGUUAAAUCACAUCACGCCUGUUUGUUGUUGAAUGUCCGGGGAAAAAAGGGGGCACAUUCCAACUCGAGACAUUCACCAGAGACACCUUGUUUACAUUACUUCUCCAUGCUAUUUUCGAUACCCAAAAUCACACUCAUAGCGGCCAUAAUAAAUAAACCGAGAUCAUGCGCAAUCACUACCUAUACUUUUUGAGUUGCCAAAACAUUGCAGAGGCUAGGGAUUCGAAUGAUAGAGAGAGAUAUAAUUCGUAGGAUCACAAUCUCACUCAUGUCUCUUUUUGUAAUGUCAAUAGUAUUCCUCUAUCAUCAUGUCAGCAUAGCUACAGCAAAAAGCUGCUCCCUACCCAUCCAUUGAUCCCUCUAAUUCACCAAUUAUAAUACCCGUAUAUAUGUACAUUCCCUCCCUUCUCUCUCUCUGUGCGUGUGUUUGUGUUCCAUCUAUGCCAUAUGUUUCCCUUUUGUUACCAUGUGUAUACCCCUCCCGUAAUGAAUGUGAUGCCUGCGCCGGCCGUGAAUGACGCAGUACGGCUCGCCAAGAAAGCAAGAAAUGAUGAACCCCAAGACCCUGAAAAUAAAACCAAGACCCAUUGCGAUGCAGAACGACAGAAAGAAAAGAACCACCAUCAGAAAGAAAAGGGCCGCCACCAUGAAGCACCCAGCUCAAUGCCCGCCAGGAAACAAACAGGGGGCUAGGGGUAACAGUCGGCUCCUCAGCACCCGCUGGCGUCGUCUCUACCGGGAUGUCAUAGACAAAAGUCGUCGAUGUGACAGUGAUGACAUUGCCAUUGGAGGUCUGAGUGAAAGUGGUGACGAUAGAGCUAGAGGUAC